AUGGGGGCUUCUCUUGCCGACGCGUCGUACGCUGCCGCAGGCCUCGUCCUCGCCUUCACCAUCCCCUCGAUAUGGAGGCUGGCAAGGGCGCCGUGGCGCGUCAAGACCGUCAAUGAACCCGCGCUCUACGAGGACGAGGAUGGCGUCGCGACCGAGGAGUCUAUGGCGCGCUUCUCCAACAAGCGGCAGUUCGUCGUGAUCUUCAGCGCGGCGAGCUUCGGGCUGGCCGAGUCGUUUGCGCUGGCGGUGCUCGCGACGGUGCGCAGAGGCGCCUUCGCGGGCCUCUGCCUGACCCAGCUGUGGCUCUUGUUUGCGGCUUGGGUCUCGAUGUUCCUGCAGAUUCUGGAUACGGCUCGAGAAGGAGACAUCCUUACCCGCUUUAGACGCGCAGCGUGGGAUACGGUAUCGUGCGCUCUGAUUGCUGUUCUGGCUUGGGCUGUCCUACUCGGCCAGUUCCCUAAGUACCCGGAUGAUGUUAUCUUGGGCGUGAUGACGGGCGUCCAAAUGCUCGCUGCGGUUGUGUUGGCCGUCGCCCUGGUCUCGAUCGAGCGGCGUCCAGAUGUCUACCUCCCCGAUGGCACGCUCGUGGAGCGGCAAUUCAAAGCAUCGCUCUUUGCCCGAUACACCCUGAGCUGGAGUGUGGAUAUCCUGGACCUAGCCGCGACGAAACCGAUCAACGUGGAGGAAAUGCCGGCUCCGGAUUCGAGGCUCCGAUCCGAAGAGGCAAAGAAUAGAUUCCGGGCAAUCGUGCUGAAGCCCACGGUCAAACUCUGGAAGCUCAUCUUCUGGGCCUUCCAGAACAAGUUGUAUUGGCAGUGGUUCUUGAUCUUCGUCUCCUGUUUCUUUGACGUGGCUCCCCAGUUCACAAUGCUGAAGCUCCUGCAAUUUCUCGAGAACCGCCGGGACUUUAACCCGCUCGACCCGCAAGCCUGGUUCUGGGUAGGCAUGAUGUUCGUGAUCACGGUGGGCUCGACGAUGAUCGACUACCGGAUAUUCUGGUUGAUGAUGUGCGAGGUUGCCGUCCCUGUCCGGUCGGUCCUCACGGCUCUCAUCUUUGAGAAGAUGAUGAAGAUGAAAGACACCAAGGAGCCUCCUUCCCGGAAAGAGGAUUCUAAAGAUCCAUCAGCGGAUACCGAUGCCAAGGACAGUAACACAAAGACUAAAGGGGAGACGGAGAAGAAGCCCAAGACCCAACAGGAUAUUGUUAAUAUGUUCACUGUGGACACGAACUUGGUCGGGCUCUUCACCGGCAAUCAGCAAUUUUAUCUGAAUUUUCUUACCAGAUUAGUCUUGGCCAUUGUCUUUUUGUGGUUGCUCGUCGGCUGGGUAAGUAUGAUCGCCGGAAUGUCCGCAAUGGUCAUCAUGUACCCGAUGAACCACUAUCUCGGGAAGAGGUAUGCUUCUCUCCAAAAGGACUUGAUGAAGGCUAGAGAUACCAAGACUACCGUCAUAACGGAAGCCUUACACGGGAUCCGACAGAUCAAGUUCUCCGCCAUCGAGUCACAAUGGGCUAAGAAGAUCGAAGACAUUCGAGCAGUAGAGCUCGAGAAGAUUUGGCAGACCAAAGUGAACAAUGUCAUCAUGGGCUUGGUCUCGGAUCUCAGCCCCGUGCUCUUUGCAGCCCUUGCUUUGGCUACGUAUUCCUAUAUCCAUGGGAAUCUGCUACCGUCGAUUGCGUUUACGGCUCUCAGUCUCUUCAUGCAGCUAGAAGGCUUGAUGCACAUGAUCCCGCUCCUCCUCGCCAUGGGGGUAAAUGCCAAGGUCAGUGCUGACCGCAUUGACGCAUUUCUCCAGGCCCCUGAAAAGACCGAGAACACGUACCCGGGGGAUUCCAUCUCGUUUAGCAAUGCAUCUGUCACCUUUCCAUCGGACUCGCCCAAGGACGACGAGGAUAGAUUCAUUCUCCGCGAUAUCACAUUGGACUUUCCGAACGGUGCUCUGAGCGUUAUCUCAGGCCCGACGGGGUCCGGCAAGUCAUUACUCCUGGCAGCGAUACUCGGCGAAGCGGAUGUGCUUUCUGGUGAUAUCAGAGUGCCCAGGUCACCGCCGGUUACAGAACGCUUUGACAGCAAGGCCACUGCGGCAAACUGGAUCAUCCCUACAGCGAUAGCGUACGUUAGCCAGACGCCCUGGAUCGAAAAUGCUACUAUCAAGAAUAACAUCCUGUUUGGACUACCGGACGACCCUGUCAGGUACGCGAAGGUCAUUAAAGCUUGCGCACUUACGAAGGAUCUGGCUAUGUUUGAAGAUGGCGAUUCGACCGAGGUCGGUGCGCAAGGAAUAAGUCUCAGCGGAGGUCAGAAGUGGCGCUUGACACUGGCCCGCGCUUUCUAUUCCCGAGCAGGUAUUCUGAUACUUGACGAUGUCUUCUCCGCUCUGGAUGCGCAUGUGGGUAAAGAGAUUUACGAAAAUGCGCUUAUGGGUGAGCUGUCAGAAGGCCGAACGCGUAUCCUGGUCACUCAUCACGUCUCUCUCUGCCUCCCGCGCGCAAAGUAUGCCGUAAGGCUCGGGGCUCAUGGAACCCUUGAGCAUGCCGGUCUGACGGAACAUCUGCGGGAAACCGGAAGUCUGGUAGACAUUCUCAAGGCUGAAGCUGGAGACGAAGAUAGUGGCACCAUCGAGGUGGCAUCGACAGCUGAUGAGGGACAAACCGAAGAUGCCGCGCCUGUGGCUAAAGCUACUCCCAAAAAGCUUAUUGAGGAGGAGUCACGCGAGACCGGCAGAGUUAAGAAGACCGUUUAUCUCAGUUACCUGAAGGCCAGCGGAGGCUUCCCAUUCUGGACACUUGUCGUCCUCGUAUACUUGCUGUCACAGACAUUGACCGUGAGUCGCUCAUGGUGGGUCAGGAUUUGGACAGCCAGCUAUGAACAUGCCAGGGCCGAGAUGAUACACAUUACGCACAAGUAUUCUAUCCAGAACCAGUUCUUCAUUCCAAAUACCGAUUCUGCCGAGCUCUAUACUCAAGGUAACAACGAGGCGCUGCAGAAGUUAGGAUACUAUCUUGGUAUCUAUAUUGCCAUUUCUCUGGUGUCCAUCACAGUCGCCGCGGGCCGUGUUUUCCUAGUCUAUCGGGGCUCCCUGGGUGCUUCUCGCAAGGUCUUUAGGGAUAUGACUUAUAGCGUCCUUAGAACGCCGAUGCGGUGGCUUGAUACGGUUCCAACUGGUAGGAUCUUGAACCGCUUCACGGCUGAUUUCCAGAGUAUGGAUUCACAGCUGUCUUUGAAUUUUGCAUACGUAGCCGGGGCUAUUCUUGAGAUUAUUGGCAUUUUGAUCGCAGCGUUCUUCGUCACGCCCUACAUGAUCAUCCUCUCUGUCGCUCUCCUGGUGGUCUGCGGUCAGAUUUCUAGCCGCUACCUCCGUGGUGCUCGCUCGAUCAAGCGCCUUGAAUCAAUACAGAAAUCACCUAUGAUUUCACACUUCAGUUCCUCACUCGAAGGCCUCGGCACUAUCCGCGCUUUCAACAAUGUCCCGGUCUUCGAGUCCCGAAUGUACAAACUCAUCGAUUCGUUCACAACGGCCACAUACCACAAUCAGCUUUUCAACUGCUGGCUCGGAUACCGCAUGGCCAUGACUGGGUCAAUAUUCUCCUCCGCCGUUUCUGCUUUCAUUGUCUCGACACGUGGCGUCGAUGCGAGUCUCGCUGGAUUCGCCCUAGCUUUUGCCAUGGAUUAUAGGGGAGCAGCAAUGAGGACUAUCAAACUGCUUGCUCAAACUGAAUUAGACAUGAAUGCAGCGGAGCGUAUCUUUGAAUACUCUAAGCUCCCAACAGAAAAGCUGGAUGGUAUCGAUAACUUGCGUGCUUCCUGGCCCGAAGAGGGGAAAUUGGAGGUAGAGGAUCUGGAAGUCGGAUAUGCUGAGGACCUGCCUUCGAUAUUGAAGGGUCUCUCAUUCAAGGCGGAAUCUAACCAGAGAAUCGGCGUGGUAGGCAGGACUGGAGCUGGAAAAUCCACCUUGUCACUAGCCCUCUUCCGCUUCCUCGAAGCACGAAAAGGACGGAUCCUUAUCGAUGGGGUCGACAUCUCGACGGUAAAGCUCCAUGACCUGCGAACCCGUCUCGCGAUCAUUCCGCAAGACCCAGUUCUCUUCUCUGGCACAAUCCGCACGAAUCUCGACCCCUUCUCCGACUUCUCCGACCACCAGAUCAAAGAAGUCCUCCAGCGCGUCCACCUCAUCCCCUCAUCCGACAACAGCCCCGCCCCAGAACCCGAAGCCGAAUCCUCUACGAGCGGAAGCAGCACCGCGGCGCCUACACUUACAGACGUGAAAGGAAACGCGAACAUCUUCCUCGAUCUGUCCUCCCCCAUCUCCUCCUCCGGCUCCAACCUCUCGCAAGGACAGAAACAACUCCUCUGCCUCGCCCGCGCCAUCCUCUCGCGGCCCCGCCUUCUCAUCCUCGACGAAGCGACGUCCGCCGUCGACAUGGUCACCGACGCAUUGAUCCAGCGCAGCAUCCGCGAGGAAUUUGCAAACACCACACUCCUCGUCGUCGCACACCGCCUGAGCACCGUCGCUGAUUUCGACCGCAUCCUAGUCAUGCGCGACGGCGUCGCCGCCGAAUUCGGCAGCCCGAAAGAGCUGCUGGGACUAGAAGACGGCGUAUUCCGGGAUAUGGUAAAGCAGAGUGGUGAGCAGGAGGAGUUGGAGAAGAUUAUCUUGAGAUCUUGA